AUGACUAACCUCUUGCCAACUAAUCAGUCGCUGGUGUGCAUCAUGUCGGGAGACUAUCCCCAGACGCCGCCCCAUCCAACAAAAGUGCCUUGGACGCCGAGCAUGACCGGUGUUGACGAAGAUGGCAACGACGAGCCGCUGGAAGAGCAUUGGUCGUACGGGGCUUACAUCUAUGGCCUAGAACAACACAUUGAUGGCCACCUGAAAUCAGUACUGGUACGUUGUCUGAUGGAAAACCCGGAUCACCGCCCAAACUGGAGGGAGUUGUUGGAGGACGCAGACACCGAGUGCGAGAGAUACAGGACUGAUGGAGAUGAAAUCGGCGACCACGACAGCCCCGACUGGCCUAGAGGCUGGGAAAAAGAUGACUGGAAGGCUCAGGUCCCGUGGACAGAUGUUCAACUGGAGUCCUGGAUCAAGGAGGCAAUUCUGGAGCCGCCCGUACUGACCCCAGACCCCGCCGAUAUGCCUUCACCGCCUGAACUUCCCGCAGUGUUGGAGAGGAGGAGGGCGAUGAGGAGACAGCACCAGCGUCAAAGGCUCUUCAUGCAAUGGUUGAACACCCGACAAGCGAAUUUACAAGCCCGCGUCAGAGCCAUGGGCCAAGAAGAGUACACCAACUACUUCAACGUGUGGUGCAAGCGCCGCGACAUGGAAGAGCACAUCGAGAAGUGUUACAAGGCCGUGGUCAAGCUCAGGGCCUGGGAAGCCCAGUUCCAGAUGCACAAGCUCCUCAGACCAGCAGACCAGCAGGGAAGGGCCUGGGCCGACUGGACGGCGCAGGCAAACGCCAUCCACCAAGCCCACCCGUUCAUCUCGUUAAAACCCGCCGACCGCGGCCCCUACGUCCGCAACAUCCAAAUAGCAAUCGAAAACUUCCGCAAAAUGGAAUUCAACACGUUUGUCCGCGAGCAGCCCGAAAAGAUCAACCGCUGGGUCCAAGGUCAAAUCCAACGGCUAUCCCAAAACGGGCAGUUUCUCAGCCCCGCCGAGAUCACCAACAUGACGCUUCAAGCCCGAGCGCAACCUAUCUCUAUCCCCUUCCCUCAGACCCCGAUCAGGAAACGGAUCCGUAAGCUACAGCUGCAGGUGUACGGACCACACUGGCACCACGGCCUCAUGAUCGGGCAGGUAGCUGGUCUCGAUCCCUGCCCUGGAAUGGUGCCCGUAGGCAACAACCACGACAACUUUGUCGGCCCGCCCAAUCUCAGAUCUCAGGACGACCCGUUCACGCCUUGGCAAAGCCAAGCGGAACUAGACAAGCUGGAAGCAAUGCGCAAAAAAAACAAUACAGUCCUCCCGCCAAAGCAGCAGAUCCGAGCCGUGCAGGAAAACCCCCUCAACCAGCAGGAAAUGGCGGAUAUAAACAACAUCAUCGCUGCGCAGCCACCUGAUCCGGUGCAGCAAGCUGCCGAUGCCAACGCGGCUGAUAUUGCGCAGAACUUCCGCGGUCAUCCUCCUGGACGUGACCUCCCUGAUCCUAAUGCUCCUCCGCCGCCACAGGCGGCGGGAGCGAAGAGGAAGGCGGAGGAUAAUGGUGAGGAGGGAAGGAGGGCUAAUCCUAUACAGAACCAGGGACAGGGGGGGAACGCCCAGCUUCAGGAGGCGAGGGGUACGCUUACUAGGCGGGUUUUUGCUUUGCAACAGAUGGGGCAGCAGGUUCAGCAGCAGGUUCAGCAGCAGAACCAGACGCAGGCUGGGCCGGCGGGGGGAGCGGCGUCGGCGUUGGCGAGGGCGCAGGGGGGGGAUGCUGGUGUGAGGGGGGCGGCGGAGGGGGGUGAUGUUCUAAUGGGAGGGAAGUAUUAA